CCCCCACUGGGAUGUGCCUGAACAUUUCAUUCAAAUCAUAUCAAACCCUCACGCUACCGCCGGGGGGGGAAGAGGCGACCAUCGGCCGUUGUGCUGCUUCCAUCCGCGAAAGAAAGAACCCCCCUUGUCUCCCUCUUGGUCCCUUUUCACGAAACGGAGCACGUCGUUGCCUGAGAGUUUUCUUCAACUCACAUUUUUGGAUUGUUUGCCUCAUUCAGUGAGGCAUCACGAAAAGCACGACGAUAGGGCUACACUCUCGAGAGGCAAGGCCUCAUCCUCCAGCCUUCGGGCAGCAGUGGCAGCGCCAGCGCAAUCCCGGUUGUUUCACCACUCACGCGGCGGUCGCCACCGCUGUGCACGGAGGAGGCCACGCUGACGUUAGAUUUCACGCCUCCGCUGGGAGAAGAUGGCAGCAGCUGCACGCAAGAAACAAAGCGGCCACAAUAACUCCUCCAUCGUCGUCGCCGUCGGCACUACCGAUACACCAACGUCAAGGGAUGAUGACACCAAGUCGCAAUUCGCGACGCCGCCGCGAGUUCCGGCGCAAGCAGCAGAGAGAGCGGGCGGGGGAUGGCAGGAACCGAUUGCCGGAAUCUUUCCGUGCGCAGGGCCGCGACCGCUGCCGGCGGUCGUCCUGCAAAGCCUCUUCGGGUGGCUUCUCAGCUCAGACCUCUCGGCACUGCAUGCCUCGAGCGUGGCCGCUUCGUCCCCCGAGACGGCGGCGGUGCUGGAGACAACUGUGGCAUCCCUCGUCAAGCACCGCUACGGCAGGGCCAACCCCACAUUGAGGGAGGAAGAUACGGGGUGGAGGAGGGAUCUGGAAACCCUUAGGCACGCCGAGUUGAGCCACGUGGCUUCGUUGGUGCGCGGCCCUCAGCGCCCGGGAAAGGGGUACUACCUGUCGAAGUCAUGGGCCGGAAACCUGAGGCGUUACGUGGAGGCGCAAGCCAGGCGCCGCCGCAGCCCCUCCUUCGCGUCGAACUCCGCCGCCGGCUCCGGCGCCACCGUCGGCGGGUCGGGGGGCAAGGAGAAGCGGAGCCGCGGGCGCGAGCGUGCCGAGAGCAACCUCAUGCCUCCCUGGCAAGACGUGAACGCGGACAUCAUGUGCCAGCACGGGGGCCUUGCCCGCUCGUCCCAGGGGAAUCGGGCUAAGCGCCAGGUAGUAGACAAGCGCGUGUGGCGGGAGCUGGUUUUAUUCUUCCCAGCAGCGGUACCGUUCCGCGCGGAGAGCGUCGAGUGCUUGGAGUGCCGGGGGUUGUGCGCCAACGAGCGCAAGGCAGAGGAGGCCGUCAAGAGCCAGAGGGAGCAGGAGAUCGCGCUGCCCGUUCUCAGGGCGCUGUACGGCCGGAAGACGGGGGUGCCAUCCGCUGCCUUGUCGGCGCCCCGGGGUUCCCCCGGGUACUCUGCGGGGCCCCCGUCGGCUGCCCGACCCGCAUGCCCGCUGCUGCCCGGGAUAUACCACCUUCUGCCCCGCUACUGGCUGAACGCUUGGCGUGCCUACGUGCGGGAUCCCCGGGCCCCCAGCCCGCGCACCCUGGACACCGCCCUCUUACUGUGCGAGGGGCACGGUCUCUUGCUCGCACCCCCCCACGUGGAGGAGUUCUUAUCUGGAGAGAGGCGUGCUCUGCUUGGGGGCUUGGACCCUGACCGCAGCGGCUGCGUGUGCGAAGUGGUAACGCCGGAGGAGUGGGACGCUCUCACCCUGCUACACCCGUGUGACCUAGGGGUCCGCUUUUGCAUCGACCCCGACAGUGGAGCGGCUAUCUUCAACUCCAAGAAGUGCAAGAGCUGCGACCCUUGCUACAUCGGCGAUCUGUACGUGCGUCCCCUCUCCCGCAAGCUCAGCGUCUGAGCGAGCGAGCGAGAGAAAUGAUUGAGAAAUGGUGUGCGUUGUGAUGGGCACAAGGGAUCGGAACCAUCUCCAGCAAGCUGACCGUCCGAGAGAGAAAGCGAGAGAGAGGGAGACAGAGAGACAGAGGGACAGAGAGAGAGAGGACGAGAGAGACAGAGAGAGAGAACGAGAGAGAGAGAAGUGAACAAGAUAUGAUGUGCUUUGUGAUGGACAGAAGGAAUUGGAACGUCUCCAGCAUGCUCAGAGAGAGAAAUGAACGGGAGAUAGUGUGCUUUGUGAUGGGCACAAGGAAUAGGAAUCAUUCGUCUGGGUGCAAAGGUCUGUCCUGCGUAGCAGCGAACCAGCCAAGGGUAUACAGGAGCAUGCUAUGUGAACUCUCCGCCCGCGACCAUGAUCCUCUUAUUUCUUGUUAUUUUCGGCCUGGUCCCUUUUUGUCCUCGCUCUUUUUAUUUCAUUUUCUCUUUCCUUACUGUUUCCUUUUAUUUUCUUCUCUUUUUCUCUUGUUCUCUUUUUCUCUCUUUUUCUGUGCCAGAUGGCCUUGUCUCUGCUUGCGUUGUGAAGUACCAAGAUUGAACCAAGGGUGUGUACCUCAUUCUCUCCGGCCCGUGAUGGUGAAUCCUAGUCUCAGUUGUUACCUCGCAUAGCGCGCAGAGGGCGUGGAGGACUCCAGAACAUCUGGCGUUGAUUUUUAUUGACUUGCGGACCCCUCGGGGCCAUUUUAUUUGAGUGUACCUUUUAAGGAGAGAGAUCGGAACGGUUUUUUAUAUGACGACAACAAUAACAACAAUGACCCAGGGGAGCGGAGUGCUGGGGUGGUCGUGACUGUCUGUGUGUGUGUCCCUCCUACCCGGGGAACAUGAAGCAAUUCUGAAGACGUAGGUAAGGCUCGCAAGGGUUAUCGACAGAUCAUGCCUGGAGAAGGUAGGCGCACGUCUAGACGUCCACGUCCUGCUUUGCUUGUGAGCAGAGAUACGUGGUCGCUUGGAGAGGUUUUGGCGGGAAGUUCGGGAUGGAUGCAAUCGAUCGUUUGAUCGCGUUGGAAUAGCGCGAUCGCUUAUUUGGCUCCUGCAUCUUUCACCUUAUGGUUUGGUUCGAAAGCGACGCAGGGGUUCAGACCGAAGAAGCGUUGGCAGGGAAAUUGGCAGAAAUUCUGUUGAAGUGCGCACAUGUAUAGUUCUACGAUGUGCUUGUAGUUGGGAUAGGAUAGGGCUAGGCAGCGUGGUGUGCAGCGAGGUACCGCAAGGGCGCCAUGGCGACUCACUCCCGCUUUCAAUCAAGUGUUUUAGCGAGAUGGCAGUUUGUUGUACGUGAGGUAAGACAGCCCUAUGAGCACAGCCGUGCAGCACUGUCUCCUCGCGGAGUGUCAUAACUCUGCAUGGAGGCACGAAUUUGUAUUUUGUCGAUCGGAACGCUACGAACGUUCUUUUUUUUGUUUUAUUGAUACGUUCAUGUGCUUGGUUGUUGGCACUGCUGCCUUGUGUUCAGCGACCUUUGCAUCUCAAAUGUCGUUGUCAAUUGUCGUUGUCUUUGGUGAGGGCCUGUCUAGUGCUUCUUGUUGAAACGCCUAGGGGUGGGGGGGGCGUACUCUUACGUUUUGCAUGCCUUAGCGGUUAGAUCAUUGACCACGCGUCCUCGAGAGGACCGAGCAUUGUUCCCACAGGACCGAUCACCGAUGGCCAAUCGUUCCUUCUCACAUUGCCAAAGGUUUCUCAGACAUGUCUUCCCUAGUCUAUGGUGUUUGACGGUGGCAUUGCACGAAGUUGCACGAAGCAAGAAGAGCCGCGGGUGAGGCGGUAUUUAGUUACACAUGCGGAAGGGUACGCUCGUGCUGGGGCGGAUAAGUUAAUGUAUGAGACGGGAGAGGUUUUCGGGCGCAAAAGGUUAGGGUUAGUGCGGGGCAUGAGGGUAUCGUUGACGGUAUUUAUCGACCGGCCUACAUAACGAUGGGGUGUGUACAUGGAUCUGGAGAUCAAAAUGGAACAAGGGUGGGUGGGGGUACUAGGGGAGGGGGCCGUACUCAUGUUGUUUUGCGUGCCCUUGCGGUUAGACCAGGGGGGGAUGCGCGUUAGAAUGGAUACACGUGUAGUAGGGACACUCCUCUGUGGCGUGACCCUUGGAAAGAAUUGACUCCGCCCAGAUGUUACUGUUGCUCUUGUUGUGUUCGCCCAAUCUAUUCUGUUCUGACGGCAGUCACCUUCGGUAUAUGUUUGAUGCACCAGAUGGGGGUCACACAUACGAGGAAGGAUAACGUUUUUUUUCUUCGCCUUUCCUCUUGCGGUGCCUCCCCUCACCUUUUGACGCGAAAACGGCUCGCAUGGUGGGGCUGCUGGGGAAGUAGGGGGGGGAGCUGUUGAGGAAUCUUCUGGCCGUUUGUGUUGGCACGGCAAUGUUCUUUUUUGGCUACAUAUUCCGGUCCAGACUAGCUAGCGUACGAAAUUUGCCACUUCGCCGCUGCUCAGCUUUGUUCCCGUGGCGACACCAGAGGUUAAGAUUUUGCUUGCGUUGGUGAGUGAGGUUAGGUUCAGGGCUAGGUGUGCUUGCUUUGCUACAUGUAGGUUUGAUUAGGCGGUGAGCACUUUGAGUUACCACCAGGACCGUACCGUGGCACGGCAAUGAUACACUUGCCGUGAGAAACGCUGUUAGCGGUGGCUAGUAAGUAUGGUGCAGAUAUUUUGUGCACGUAGCUGCUGCCUUUGUGUAAAUUUGGAGGGUAGAGGUGGUAUAGCACGUGGCGAGGCAUUAGUCACGCACGGGGAGAGAAAGCAGCAGGGGAUGGAGUGGAGGCAAAAAAAUGCCGUUGCAAAUUGUUCUAUUGGACGGCAAAGAGGCCCUGUCGGGAGUCGUAAUUCUACGCUAUUAUAAACAUAGACUAAUUCAAGAGGAGCGCAAGAUACCGCGUUGUAGAUACUAGGGCGGCGUCAGCAUGAUGGGGAAACCCUCUUGCCACCACGCUGGCGUUUUUGCGUUUUAUCCAGGAGGCGUUUGGGGGGAGGGGGCGGUGCCAUAGCAACGUAGGAAAGACGGAUUGCAGGGGGGACGGUCAGGCGUGCUUGUGUUUCAAGCAGUUCUGCGUGGUUCCUUAACAAUGCUGCUCCGCAUCUACAAACAUUUUGGCGUGAGAUCUUGUUAGGAGUCUUGUGUGUCAUCGGUCGCGAUGUUAGGGCAAAGAGUCACUACACUCGGUGGUGGCGAUGACUUUUUUUGUUGGCGCUCAUCUUGGUCGUGUUGGCAGCCAAAGCCGCUUCCGUGUUUAUUUCGAAACGUCAAUACGAAACGUAACUUUAAUAGUUAACCU